AGAGCGAGGGUCCAUGCCCCUCCCAUGUGGUGGUGAUGUGYAAGGGGCGUUUCUUCUCGUUUGAUGCAGUGUGUGAYGGACACAUUCUUACCCCUCCAGAGCUGCUCAGGCAGCUGACCCAUGUGAAGCAGUGUUGUGAGGAGGAGCCAGCGGGAGAUGGUGUCGCCGCUCUCACCUCAGAGGAGAGGACACGCUGGGCUAAGGCCAGGGAGUAUCUGAUAGGUAUAGAUCCAGCCAAUAAGACCAUCUUAGAGACCAUCCAGAGCAGUCUGUUUGUGAUCUCACUGGACGAUGCUAAACCCUACGCUACUGCAGAGAACUACACACCGGUGACCCGGGAAGCGCUGACAGGAGACCCCACCAUCCGCUGGGGAGACAAGUCCUACAACUCCAUCUCCUUYGCUGACGGAACCUUCGGAUCCAAYUGUGACGUGUGUUACUGUUUUGUAGAGAGAGAGACGAUUUGAAAUAACAAUACUCCUCUGUUAGCAGUAGUGUAAUGAUGUUUUGUUGUGAGUGUGCUCCUAUAUAUGGUAAUUGAUGGUGUGUGUUGCAGCAUGCCCCCUACGAUGCCAUGGUGCUGGUAACUCACUGUUACUAUGUGGAUCAGCAGCUCAAAGCUACAGACGGCAAGUGGAAGGU